AUGUCCAGAGCGCUGCUUUUUGGCCAUGUUCUCCCAGGGGUCCUGGACGAGGUGCCCAACCGGGGCAAUCCGGGGCUCCGCGCGGACCUCAGGUGCACCGACAGGGACGGCCAGUGGGUUUAUCUUCACGUAGCGAUCGCGCAUCCCGCCUCGCAGCAGAGCCUGCAGAAUUACUUGGGCUUCGACGAGUGGUGGGGCGUGAAGCCCAGCAUGAUGGAGAUCCUCGUGGACUGGCCACGGAAGGGCCUGGAAAGGCUUUCGGCGGACCUCGCGGGGCAUCUUGGGACUCUGGCAGGCGACGCGCGCCUCGGCCACCUCUCCUCGGAUCCUGGGGCCCUCACAGACCGGUCCAGCCAGGUGUCAACAGAGCAGGACGACGGCGCCGGCGGCAGGGCCCUCUCGGCCGCGCUGGGGGCCGCCGUGGCCCUGGGCGCCGCCGGGCACACCGUGCGCUGGGGCGCCUGGGCCCCCGCGCGGCCGGGCGGCCGGGCCUGGCUGGGCGGGCAGCGGGCGCCCGGCGCCCCAGGCGUUCCGCGGUGCGCCGCGGCCGCCAAUGGCGCAGCGGCGGUCGCGGAUGCCGGCGUCACGGACGGGGACGCCGCAUACUUGGAGAAGAAGGAGGCGCUCAAGAAGUGCCUGGCCAGGGAGUACAGGAGCUUCUUCCAGCCCUUCGAGUCCGAGUUCUACUCCGAGGCCGUGACCUUCACAGACCCUCUGAACAAUCUAGAGGGCAAGGAGGCGUACGGCAGGAAUGUAGCGAUGUUGUCAGGGGAGAGCUUCGUCGGCAACAUCUUGUUCAGCGAUGGCUACAUCGAUCUCCACUCUGUGGAGGAUGUGCCUGGCGAUGAUCGGCGGCUGCGGACGCGCUGGACCUUGGGCUUCACCUUCAAGCUGCUGCCGUGGGCCCCAAAGGCCCUCUUCACGGGCGUCUCGGAGUACGUCAUCGACGGCGACGCCAUGGUGCUGAGCCAGCGGGACUACUGGGACACCCUGAGCCUCGGCAGCGGCGGCUCCUACGAGCCCGAGGCGCCGCUCGCUGGCGCGGCCGAGUUGGUGGCCCAGCUAUUGCCGCGGCCGCUGCGGCCGGCAGCCGCCGAGGAGCCGCCUGCGGCGCAGAGGGGCGGCUGGGCCCUGCUGCGGCGCGCCAGGGACUGCCGCGUGUACCGCACGGGCGCGGCGGGCCGGGUCGUAGCGGUGCCCGCCCCGGGGGACGAGGCGUCGCUCGAGGACCUGGAGCGCGCCCUGAAGCGCCAGGGCCUGCGGCCGGGAGCGGCUCUUCGGGUUCUGCCCGACGGCCGCGUGGAGGAGGGCCAGGCUGGGCGCCCUGGCGGGGCGGGGCUGGGCGUGGAGGUGCUGGGCCCGCACCCCUGGGACGGCGAGCCGCCCCCUGCCGCCCCCGCCCCUUAUUGUUGCGCGCCGCCGGGAGCAAACACACAGCCCGAGCCCGGCAUCCCGACACGGCGCUUUCAGACCCGUGGUGGCGCAACAUGUACCCACACGUGCACACACAAAUAUGUGUGCUGA